UCGACUCCGCGAGUUUCCAGUGCGACUCGCGAUUUCGCGAAUGACUGAUAACUCGAAUAACUUUUCCCGUUAAAAUAACAACAGCAAUCACAAACUGUUUAUCUGGGAUUAAUUUCUCUAGUGGAGAACUGGAUUGAAUUCGUUGAUUGAUCACUUGUUACAAUAUCGGGGAAAAUGCCGAUUCUCGCGGAGUUAUCCCGCCGGUUACACCUGUUGACGACGGACGCCAAGCCCGACCCCCCUCGAAUACACAUAAAUGAUAACACGAAUAAUCUCGGGCCGAGAUUGAGCCCGAAAUCAGCACCACCGACACCGGAAGUCGAGAGGACGGAUGAGAGUAAACGGGAUAGACGUAGUUCGAUGCCAGAGGGAUCUUCCGAUAGUGAGAAAGAUCGAAGGAGUUCUCCAGAGACGAAGAAGACUCGAUAUAAAACGAAAAGCCAUAGUAUGAAAAAUGGACAAACGGCAAACAUCGUAAACUACAACAUCGUCAAUUCCAGUGGCGUAAAAAUAGGAGGGACGACGACGUACGUGUGCAAUGUCAACCAGUACCCAGGGAGCCCCCCGAAGGAGCCCAGCAGCCCUGGGAGGACUUCCCCUAAACCCAAGUGUGCACCAAUGCCCGAAGAAGUCGAGUCCCUAUGGAGGGAGAACAGUCCCCUGACUCUCGAAGACAUGUUUGUGAUAAAGACACACCUAGGGCGGGGCUGGAAGGACGUGUUCAAGGGUUUGGGAUACUCCGAGGGACAACUGCAGCAGUUCGAGGAGCACCACAAGGAUAAGGGCUUGGACGAGGUGAUUUAUCAAACAUUACUGGACUGGAAGCAGUCAUCGGGGAGCGAGGCGAGACUCGGAGUCCUCAUAAAAGCCUUGUGGAGGUGUCAGCAGUACGACUGUGCUCGGAGGCUAGUCCAAUCCCACAAAAAUCUCUGAGUAAACAUUCCCAACGUGAGGCGCCCACUUUUCACACUUGUGUCACCUCAACUUAUCGUCUGAUAUCGAUAAAUGAUCGAUAAUAAUUAGUAAUCGUUCGAAAAUCAAUCAUUAAUCUGAUGGAACACUUAAUUUAAUCAAUUUAUCUUGAUUCGUGAUUGUCAAUUGGAAUUGCUCGACUCUUGUUACCGUUUGAAUAUAUUUUUAUUGAGUAAACGUCUUUUUUAAAUCGUG